AUGCCGCAUUCAAUCUCUCCCAAUCCCGUCAAAGACGAGCCAAUGGACGCCGAUGCAGGAAUUCCGAGCGAUGCUGCUCCAGCAAAGACAUCCACAGGCGACGAUGUAGAUAUGAAUGAUGGGCCGCAGACAGAGGCACCUCCUGCGGGCCAAGCUAAGGAGGCGAAGAAGGAAGUCAAAUUGGACGAGUUGUUCGCAGACGAGGAUUCAGACGAAGAGUUUCCAAGCUCAGCACCUGUUAAGCGCGAGGGUGCAAGCUCACCUGCACGAGCAGCUUCACCUUCAGAUAUCCCUGCUUCCGAUCCAGAAGUCAUGCGCAGCUUUUACCAGCGACUCUUCCCUUGGCGACAGCUUUUUCAGUGGUUGAACCAUAGCCCGACGCCUACAAAUGACUUUGGUAACCGCGAGUUUGCUUUUACCCUCCAGAAUGACGCAUAUUUGCGUUACCAGUCUUUUGCAACCGCAGAUCUCCUACGAAAAGACGUCCUCCGCCUCAUGCCCUCCCGUUUCGAAAUCGGCCCCGUCUACUCGACAAACCCCCGAGAUCGAAAAACCUUGCGCAACUCUUCCGCCUUCAAGCCUCUGGCAAAAGAGCUGUGCUUUGAUAUCGAUUUGACAGAUUACGAUGAUAUCCGAACUUGCUGCGACAAGGCGACCAUUUGCAACAAAUGCUGGCAAUUCAUGACCAUGGCCAUCAAGGUUGUCGAUGUGGCCCUAAGAGAAGAUUUUGGCUUCAAGCACAUCAUGUGGGUAUACUCAGGACGAAGAGGUGCCCACGCCUGGGUGUGCGAUAAGAAGGCUCGUUCAAUGGACGAUCAGAAGCGCAGGGCUAUAGCAAACUAUCUAGAAGUGAUUAAGGGUGGCUCACAAAGCGGCAAAAAGGUCAAUGUCAGGAGACCUCUGCACCCCCAUCUAAGCCGGAGUCUUGAUAUUCUCAAAACCCAUUUCCAAGAAGACGUGCUGGAUAUCCAGGAUCCUUGGGGAACAAGCGAACAGGCCGAGAAGCUACUACAACUUCUUCCAGACCGGAACCUAAAUGAUUCAUUACGGCGCAAAUGGGAAUCAGCUCCCGGACGAUCAUCUACAUCAAAAUGGGCCGAUAUCGAUGCUGUAGCAAAGACUGGUGCAAGCAAGAAUCUGGACUCAAGAGCAUUGCUGGAAGCCAAACAAGAUAUUGUGCUGGAAUACACCUAUCCUCGCCUCGAUAUCGAAGUCAGCAAGAAACUAAACCAUUUGCUGAAAAGCCCCUUUGUCGUACAUCCAGGCACAGGGCGAGUCUGUGUACCCAUCGACACAAGGGCUCUCGAAGACUUUGAUCCUCUUGGCGUGCCAACGGUACAGAGCCUGCUUGCGGAGAUUGAUGCUUGGAAGGGCGGAGAGGAGGGCGAUGAGGGCGAUGACAAGUCUAAAGUCAACAUUGCAGACUGGGAAAAGACCAGCCUGAAGCCCUAUGUCGAUCAGUUUAGAACGUUUGUAUCGGGAAUUAUCAAGGAUGAAGGGAUUGCAAGAGUUAAGAGAGAGCGGGAGGAUGACUCGAUGGAUUUUUAA